GGCCAGAACGCCGGCCGUUGGUGCCCCACCUCUUUUCCCCGGGGCUGCGAGAGGGAGGAACCCCAGGUGCCCUGAGGACCUGACCCCAGGACACCGCGCGAGGAGCGCGCUGGACUCGGCGUCCCCAAGAAUGAGUGGCUCUAAUCCCUAGGAUCCUGCGCCAAGAGUGCCAGGACCUAGAGUCGCUCGGGACGUGUAGACCUGCUCUUAGGGCCUGACCCCGAGGGUGCGAGGACAGGAUUCCUCAGGGCCUGUGGACCUGAUUCCUGGGACCCUGCCCAAGGGGACCAGGCCCCAGGGACCUCCGAACUAUGGACCUUACUCCUAGAACCCUACCUGGAGAGUGCCAGAAUUGAGGUUCCCUAGAACCAGUGGACCUGACUCUUAGGACCUGGUCCCGAGAGUGCCAGGACCCGAAGUCCCUCAAGACGUGUGCACCUGAGCCUUAGGACCCAGCCCCAAGAGUGUGCUGGACUGAGGGACCCUCAGCGAGGAUGCCCUAAGAGUGUGCUGGGAUUUGCUGCUAUGAAGGCAGUGGGGGAAUGUGUUCCAUCCGUGUCAGUGAACCCCUUUUAAAGUUCAGACCAAGAAAAGAUCUUGUAGAGACUCUCUUGCAUGAAAUGAUACAUGCCUAUUUAUUUAUCACUAAUAAUGAUAAAGACCGGGAAGGACAUGGUCCAGAGUUUUGUAAACAUAUGCAUCGCAUCAACUGCCUGACUGGAGCCAAUAUUACGGUGUACCACACGUUUCACGAUGAGGUGGAGGAGUACCGCCGACACUGGUGGCGCUGCAACGGGCCGUGUCAGUAUAGACAGCCAUAUUACGGCUAUGUGAAACGUGCCACCAACAGGGCACCCUCUGCACAUGACUACUGGUGGGCUGAGCACCAGAAAACCUGUGGCGGCACUUACAUAAAAAUCAAGGAGCCAGAAAAUUACUCAAAGAAAGGAAAAGGAAAGACAAAACCACAGAAGCAGCCCGUGCCAACAGUGGAGAGUAAAGUCUUACUUGCUUCUUUUGCAGAUAACCCCAGUAAAGGAGAGCCUCAGCCACUAAUCCCUUUCAGUGGGAAAGGGUAUGUUCUAGGAGAGGUGAGGAGUCCACCUUCAUCUGGGAAAUCGAUUGCCUCACAUGCCAUCAGUGAAUCCCAAGAUCUUUUUAGUCAGGACCAUUCAGCAGAUGCUGUAAGACCUGAUUCUAGCCCUGAAGCGAAAUUCAAACAGAAUGGUUCAAGUAAAAAAUCUCAUCUAUUUCCUCCUGUGCACCAAAGUGUCCUAAGCAGCUACUUUCCCAGAGUCUCAGUUGCCAACCAAAAGGCUUUCAGAAGUGUAAGCGGAUCCCUAUCAAAAAAUAGGACUGUCGGUGACAUCACUAAACACUCAGUCUCUUCUAGUUCUCAGAGGAGGGUUCCAUCUUCUAAGACUCCGUUGAGAAAUCCCUCCAAAGUGAUGGCCUCGGUAUCUGUAACUGCAUCCCAGUAUGGGAAUGGGUCCAAAGACAAGUUCCCAGGCAAACGACCCAGGCUAGAAGAUAAGACCACUUCUGACACCUUUUUUGUGAAGAAAGAACAACUACAAAGUGAUGGCAGUGAGUCAGAUAGCACUUCACACGCCGCGGCUACAGCUCCGAGUUCCAGCAGCUUCUGCAUUCAGAGCCAGCUGGUCAGCUGUCCAGUGUGUCAGGGUGAAGUUGUGGAGUCACAGAUUAAUGAGCACCUGGACCAGUGCCUGGAAGGUAGUGCUGUCGGUGUCAACAGCUGAAGUCUGAAAAACAAACGAAUCUCAUCUGGUGCCUGUAUUUUCUCACAAGUAAAUCAAAUAAAUGGCCAACUGGUAGAGAGGUUCUGGUUGACACUACGCUGAACGUCAGGAUGUAGUUCACACAGCCAGCACGGGACAUUCUAUUUUAUUUAUACAUAUGUGAGAUUGUAGUUAACAGUACUUUACAUCUCCAGCUGGAUAUGGUGGCACCCCUGAGGUCCCAGCUGCCAGGGGGCUGACAUGAGAGGAUUGCUUAAGCUCUUGAGUUUGACAUCAGCCUGAACAACAUAAGCCCCAUUUAAAAAAAAUGUUUUUUACAGCUCAGGGUGCUGCAUUCACUCUUGCCUUACUUGCACUGUAAGCCAGGGUUUAUUCUGCAUGGGUAAUUCUGUUUAUAGAACUUUUAUCAGGAGUAUCACAUUCCCUGGACAGAUGUUCAUCUUCACAUUGUCAGACUUACCAAAAACAAUUUGGAGUGCAAAAUGGAGCAGUUGUUUUAUUCAAGGUUUUUGUUUUUCCAGUUUUUUUCCCAAAAAGCUUAGGAAAUAAAUUCUCUAUAUUUCAAAGAAUUUUCUCUGUUCUACCUUUACUAGAGGUGGCAGCAAAUUUUAGGUUAAAGUAGAUAAGGAAUAUAGUAAAGUAAAUGUCUUUUGGAGUAUUACUAAUGACAAAUAGCUAUUAUAAUUUUGUAGGCCACAUUCUGUAUUUUAUUUAGUUUUCUCUGUUCCGCAAACUGAGUGGUUAAAGCUCAGUGUUGGCAAGUGACUGGUAUGUGUAACAACAAAAUUGCCUAUUUCAUAGGGUUUGAAAAUAUCUGCCAAACAGUAUUUCAAGCCUUCAGCCAAAAUUGAGACCAUUAUAAUAAAGGAAUACCAUUUGUGCCCGUAAGAAUUUACUCUUUGCAAAUGCAGAUGUUCUUUUCUGUAUGCCAGCAGAGGGACAAGGUAUGUGUAUCCAUUUACUUCUUGUCCCAUAGCUGUCCUAUGCACCAGAGCCUUAGCUGUUCAGUUUUCGUUUUUGUUGUUGGGAUACAAGUUAUACACGGUGAGGUGCACAAGUCUUGAGUGUAGGUCAGAGUAAGCUUGCAUAACAUUUACUGUAUAACUUAAAAAGUAAAACUUCUCCUGCUCCGGGAGACUUCCUGUGGUUGCUUUUUUUCUGGCCAGUGUCCACCACACUCACCACCCCCAAGGCCACCUCUCUUUUCAUCUGUUACCAAAAAUUAGUUUUAGCGUAUUUUUCAAACUUCAUAAAGUUUCUUUGUUGCUGUAUGUGUUCACUUUCAUUGCUCUGUAGUGUUUGUGUAAAUAUAGAAUGUUUUCAUCCAUUGUAAUAUUAAUGAACAUUUAAAUUGUUUUCAGUUUGGAGCUUUUAGGAAGAAAACUAGAACAUCCCUUAAGGUCCUUCAGUUGGGUGUGUACUCAGGGUCGGCUUGCUGGCUCACAGGGCGUAUCUGUGUAGCUUUAGUAAACACUGCUGGUUUACAGUCCUCCUAGCUGUGUGUGAGCAUUUCCAGUAGUUCAGCAUCCUUAACAUUGUUUUUAGCCUGUGUGGUUGGAUUUUAGAAGUUUUGAUAUUUCUUAAAACAUACAGUUAAAGAAAUGUAUGUUUAUAAAUGGCUAUUAAAAUACAUGUAUUUUUGAAUAUAUACUGUUAAUGUUUAUCAGUUUAACAAGUGCAAUAAAGUGCAUUUUUAGUAAAACUACA